AUGUGCAUAGAUCUAUGGUUUGGCGGACUUGCAACUACAACAAACACUACCACCUGGGCAAUCAGUUUUGUUCUUCAGAAUUUAGAAGUUCAGGAUAAGAUUCAUCAGGAAUUGGAUAGAAUCAUUGGAAGUGAUCGACUGAUAACAACUGCUGAUAAGAAUGACUUGCCGUAUUUGAAUGCAUAUAUCAAUGAAUCACAGCGAUUCACCAAUCUAGUCCCAUUGAACGUUCCACACGCGACCACUCGUGACACCCCGGAGCGAUUCCUAGAUGAAAAUGGAAAACUCAAAAAGGUCGAAGAGCUGAUUCCAUUCUCGAUUGGAAAACGGCAAUGUCUAGGAGAAGGACUUGCCAGAAUGGAGCUAUUUCUAUUCAUCUCCAAUUUUUUCAAUAGGUAUCAGAUUUCACCUUCGAAAAAUGGACUUCCAUCUAUGGACAAGAGCAGUAUCUCCAGAAUUGAGACUAGACUGUUUUCAGCCGUUUUGAAGCGAAGAAGAUAA